AUGCCUUUGAACAAAUCAAACAUAAGAGAAUACAAACUAGUCGUCGUUGGUGGCGGUGGUGUUGGUAAGUCAGCCUUGACCAUCCAAUUGACUCAAUCGCACUUUGUAGAUGAGUACGACCCCACAAUCGAAGACUCAUACAGGAAGCAAGUGGUCAUUGACGAUGAAGUGUCCAUUCUGGAUAUUUUGGACACUGCCGGGCAGGAAGAGUACUCCGCCAUGAGAGAACAAUACAUGCGGAACGGUGAAGGGUUCCUGCUGGUGUACUCCAUAACGUCUAAGUCGUCCCUCGACGAGCUUAUGACUUACUACCAGCAAAUACUGCGUGUCAAGGAUACUGACUACGUGCCCAUUGUGGUGGUAGGUAACAAAUCCGAUCUUGAAAAUGAGAAACAAGUCUCGUACCAAGACGGGUUGAACAUGGCAAAGCAAAUGAACGCUCCCUUCUUGGAGACUUCUGCCAAGCAGGCCAUCAACGUCGAAGAGGCCUUCUACACAUUAGCGCGCUUGGUGAGAGACGAGGGCGGCAAGUACAACAAGGCAUUGUCUGAGAACGAGGCUUCCAAGCAGGACUCUCAAACGACUCCAGGGGUCGUUGCCAAUUCGUUGCCAAGAAAUAGCAACGGAAACAGAAAGGCAAACAAUGUCGCCAGUGCCAACAACAUCAAUAGCUCCACGACUGCUGUAAAAACCCACAAUACAGGAAUAGAGGCUAAUACGGGGUCGAUGGGCAACCAAGCAACCAAUGGCCAGGCGCGGUCCGAUCGUGCCAACGGAGACAACUCCGCCGGUAACGCUGAUGGUGCCUAUGCUAGAACUGCCAAUACGGCCGAUGAUCGUGUAAAUAAAAACACCGAGGCAGGUAAGGGUUCUGCUGCCAAACAAGCCAGAAAACAGCAAGCUACAUCCAGUGGCACCGCCAGUGAAACCUCCAAGAGUGGAUCAGGCGGCUGUUGUAUUAUAAGUUGA